AAAUCGUUCACAUUCACGCUGUGGAUCGGGAGGCGCGCGCCCUGGCGCACCAUCAGCACUGGAGGAGCUGCGUUGGUGGGUUAGUGGGUUAACCUGCCUGUUUCCUGGAUAACAUUUUUAGUUUGGUAAUUAUCACGGUUCUUUUGGAAUUAGCCUAUAAAACAGUUGUGAUCAGGGCGCGCGCUGGUGCACGCAGUAAUUCUAGUGUGGAAUGCUGGUGCGCGUGAACUUGUGAGCGCGCUCUCGCGGAGGGUGAUGAGAGGGCUUCCUCAUGCACAGCGGCCCGGGAUCAUGGACUGCUCGGCACACGCGCGCGGGAGCCUCAUAUCGACCCUCGCGCACUGUCUUCAACCGGACACUGCGCACGCGCCACCACGGGACAAACCCAUACUUGCUGCUCCAAUGUUCAUCUUUCAGAAGAUGACAGCUGCAGCGAAGAGGACAGCAGAGGAAGAAGGAACUGGAGUAGGUGUGAACAAACGCAUCAGAUCGCUCACCUAUCCUUCUUUGAUCAGUCGGAACAAAAAGGACGCUUGUGGUGUCGGAAAACGAGGGCGCUCGAGUUCUCUGUCCUUCCCACCGCCUUUACAGGUCCCAAGAUCAAACGUGUUCAUGCCGUCAACCUUGCACAACUCGAACCAAGUCAGUUCCUCUACACCACCUCCACGGAGCAAGGUGAAGACGACGCUGUUAAAGCCGGCUUCGCUGGUAGCACCUGAGCCAUGGAGCAGCCAUGAUGUCCCUCGUAUUAGACAGGUCGGCCUUAAUGCCGAUGGAAACCUCUCCAGGGUUACGAUUGAGCUUUCGUCCUCAGCCAGUGCCUUAGAACAGCGGAUGUCACCCCAAAUGAGCAGAAAUGUCUCACAGACAAGUACUGCCAUCACUGGAAGCAUCCAGUUUGUGUUUGGGGAGAAUAUGAGCGAGAGGGUACUGAUUGUCUCUCAGAGUCCACCUUGUAGUGAGGACAAGUCUGAAACGGACUGCUCGUCCGACUCCGAUUCCUCCUGCACGGAAGCCACUGACACAAUGACUGCACAAAACACACUAUGGGAAUCCGCUGCAGCCCACACGGCAGCCUGCAGGAGACGCUGUCUGCUCAAACAAGUACAGAUCUUCACCGGAGAGGAGAACGAGAGCAACGUCGUCCAGCUGACGUGCAAGCUGUUUGUUUUGGAGAGGGGAACCCACUCGUGGAGUGAGAGAGGGAGAGGAGUCUUACGAUUGAACGACUUGCGAACUAAAUACAAGGGGUGUUUGCAGUCAAGGAUGGUGAUGAGGCACCAGGGCAGUCUGAAACUGAUCCUGAACACCAAGCUGUACCCGCAUACACACCUGCGGUGCCCAGCCCGGAGGAGCCUCCAGGUGACGGCCACUGACUUGGAGACCCACAGUGUACGUGUGUUCCUGGUCCAGGCUAGUGCCCGAGACAUUGCCCGCCUCUACGUAGCUAUUCACCACAGACUGGUGGCCCUACGCUGCAGUACAGCCCUGUUCAGGGACCGAGAGGGACGCUGCAGCAGCGAGGAGGACAACGACAACGAGGACACGAAGGCUAAUGAGGAGGCAUCGCUAAUCACACACACCAGAUCUGGAAGUCAUUCCAGGCUCCAUCCGUGAACAUCCCAAUCAAGCUUGUGCCUAACAAAGAGUCUGGUCUCAGCCAUGUCGUGAACAGCAAGAUCUUCUUCUGAAUUUACAACCCCGAUUCCAAAAAAGUUGGGACAAAGUACAAAUUGUAAAUAAAAACGGAAUGCAAUGAUGUGGAAGUUUCAAAAUUCCAGAUUUUAUUCAGAAUAGAACAUAGAUGACAUAUCAAAUGUUUAAAGUGAGAAAAUGUAUCAUUUAAAGAGAAAAAUUAAGUGAUUUUAAAUUUCAUGACAACAACACAUCUCAAAAAAGUUGGGACAAGGACAUGUUUACCACUGUGAGACAUCCCCUUUUCUCUUUACAACAGUCUGUAAACGUCUGGGGACUGAGGAGACAAGUUGCUCAAGUUUAGGGAUAGAAAUGUUAACCCAUUCUUGUCUAAUGUAGGAUUCUAGUUGCUCAAAUGUCUUAGAUCUUUUUUGUCGUAUCUUCCGUUUUAUGAUGCGCCAAAUGUUUUCUAUGGGUGAAAGAUCUGGACUGCAGGCUGGCCAGUUCAGUACCCGGACCCUUCUUCUACGCAGCCAUGAUGCUGUAAUUGAUGCAGUAUGUGGUUUGGCAUUGUCAUGUUGGAAAAUGCAAGGUCUUCCCUGAAAGAGACGUCGUCUGGAUGGGAGCAUAUGUUGCUCUAGAACCUGGAUAUACCUUUCAGCAUUGAUGGUGUCUUUCCAGAUGUGUAAGCUGCCCAUGCCACACGCACUAAUGCAACCCCAUACCAUCAGAGAUGCAGGCUUCUGAACUGAGUGCCGAUAACAACUUGGGUCGUCCUUCUCCUCUUUAGUCCGAAUGACACGGCGUCCCUGAUUUCCAUAAAGAACUUCAAAUUUUGAUUCGUCUGACCACAGAACAGUUUUCCACUUUGCCACAGUCCAUUUUAAAUGAGCCUUGGCUCAGAGAAGACGUCUGCGCUUCUGGAUCGUGUUUAGAUACGGCUUCUUCUUUGAACUAUAGAGUUUUAGCUGGCAGCGGCGGUUGGCACGGUGAAUUGUGUUCACAGAUAAUGUUCUCUGGAAAUAUUCCUGAGCCCAUUUUGUGAUUUCCAAUACAGAAGCAUGCCUGUAUGUGAUGCAGUGCCGUCUAAGGGCCCGAAGAUCACGGGCACCCAGUAUGGUUUUCCGGCCUUGACCCUUACGCACAGAGAUUCUUCCAGAUUCUCUGAAUCUUUUGAUGAUAUUAUGCACUGUAGAUGAUGAUAUGUUCAAACUCUUUGCAAUUUUACACUGUUGAACUCCUUUCUGAUAUUGCUCCACUAUUUGUCGGCGCAGAAUUAGGGGGAUUGGUGAUCCUCUUCCCAUCUUUACUUCUGAGAGCCCCAUGCUACUCCAAGAUGCUCUUUUUAUACCCAGUCAUGUUAAUGACCUAUUGCCAAUUGACCUAAUGAGUUGCAAUUUGGUCCUCCAGCUGGUCCUUUUUUGUACCUUUAACUUUUCCAGCCUCUUAUUGCCCCUGUCCCAACUUUUUUGAGAUGUGUUGCUGUCAUGAAAUUUCAAAUGAGCCAAUAUUUGGCAUGAAAUUUCAAAAUGUCUCACUUUCGACAUUUGAUAUGUUGUCUAUGUUCUAUUGUGAAUACAGUAUCAGUUUUUGAGAUUUGUAAAUUAUUGCAUUCCGUUUUUAUUUACAAUUUGUACUUUGUCCCAACUUUUUUGGAAUCGCGGUUGUAAACAGUAUGGAGGCUUUUUUGUGUGUGUGUGUGUGUAGCUGCCUGCAAAAUUCAUGAAUAGUAUUAAAAACGCAUCCUUUUACCAAGAACAGUUUUUCUCAGGUCGGAGACAAGGAUGCAUACAUCAUCUCUAUAAUAUAAAUAUUUUUAAUUUAAAAAAAAAUGAAUCGGGCACUACAAUUAUGUUGAUGUUUUUCCACUUUUAGAAAUGGAAUCAUUUCAACCUGAACAGAACGCAUAUUCGAAGAAACUGUUGUUUAUAUUAUGUGAUGUCGUUUCAUUUUGUUUUUGGUUAUUUUUCCUACUAGAGCAAGGAGUCCAAUUUUGUGGUCUUUUUGGCCAGAGUCUACACUAUUUUAGCGCUUCAAUCCACCUGAAAUCAACCCAUGAUCAGGUUUAGUAUACCAUUUAGGACCACAUGUGAGCUCUUCCGUGACGAGUGGAAAUGAAAUGAGAGUUUAUAAUGAGUGAACUGCAAACGUACCUUGCAUUUGUACCUUAAAGGUGACAUAUUAUACCCAUUUUCCAAAAGGUUGACAUAGUUCCCUGAGGUCUUCAUGAAAUAUCUACUGUAUAACAUGCUUUGGUCAAAAUACCACAAGGAAAAACACCACAGCUCCUUUCUUACUGUCUACACAGCCUUGUUCAAAACAGCCGAUUUCAGCGUCUGUUCCUUUAAAUUAUAAAUGAGCCACUGCUCACUACACCCCCAUCUUCUGCCAGCCAAUCAGGUCGCAUUUUCCACCUGAAUAUUCAUUUGCAAAAGCAGUUCUCAAGCCACGAGUGGAGAUCCUGAGAUGAGGGCUGGUAUAAUUCAAAUGAGGUCCCUUUGUGACAUAGAAAGUGGAGCCAAAUCUGAACAGCUUGUUGAAGCCCAUAUUUCUGAAAAAGGCAGCCCAAAAGAAACUGACCGGGGAUCUUAUUUCGGAGUGUGACAGUUGGUAGGCUCCAGGUACCCAAAUGUACGUGCGCAAGCACUGAAAAAGUGAGUUUAUAUAAUAUGUCCUCUUUAAGUUCACAUUAUACAUUCACAAGCUCGUGUAUGUCUAUAUGGAUUUCUCUCUUGUAACUGUGAAACUGCGAUGUCUGGAGGAUCUGGGACAUGAUCUAUCGUAUCUAUGCAAACUUUAAAGUAAAUUCAGAUGGAAUUUAAAAAAGGGCCAAUUUUGGGACAACUAUCUUUUAUUUAUUCUCUGAUUUCUUUAAUAGCACUUUGUCAGAAAGGGGUUGAAAUGAUCUUUGCUUCCUGUUACUGAACACGGGCCUACUGCAGGUCCAUUCAGUCUCGGUCUGUGCCAAUUAUUUAUAACGUGACUGUUAGAUAUCUGGGCUCUAUUAAGAAGGGAUUUCCAUUCUACCUCAUGAACAGUAUCUUUAUACCAACUGAUCUCCAACGCUCAGAUUUUGGUCCAAAGAGGAGCUGAUCUCUCUUUUUUUUUUUGUUUUUAAGCAAGCUUAUUACCUGAAACCAGUGUUAGUGUUUUGUGCUGUAGUUCAACCCUUAAAGUGCCAUUCCACCAUUGGAUGUAUUCUUUGGCAUAAAAUACAAUAUAUUUUAUGACAACAUGACUAGACAGAGAAAUCUUUUAGCUUCAAAAUGAUAUAUCAAACAUAAUUUUUUGACAACGACAAGUAUAUUAAUUUUGCGACCAAAGUCACCUACCCUUUUAAUUUCCGCGCGGUAGUGAAACGUGAUGUCAUCGGCAGGUUCCCCUUCUUGUGUACCACGUGUCGGUCUAUUUUUAGACCAGGAAACCCCCAAAGUGAGAGAGUCAUUUCUUCUUGUAUAUGGGGGCCAAAAAAAUUGCGAAAAAUUGAGUUAAUCUUUCAGUUAGCUAGAUUUAUUGGUAUUAGCUAGAUUUAUUGGUAUUAUUUUUAUCGCGUUCUAUCCGCCAUUGCUGAUAAUAUGUGCCACGUCACACGGUACACAAGAGGGGGAACCUGCCGAUGACAUCAUGCGCGGAAAUUAAAAGGGUAGGUGACUUUGGUCGCAAAAUUAAUAUACUUGUCGUUGUCAAAAAAUUAUGUUUGAUAUAUCAUUUUGAAGCUAAAAGAUUUCUCUAUCUAGUGAUACCAUUUAUAUAUGUUGUCAAAAUAUAUUGUAUUUUAUGCCAAAGAAUACAUCCAAUGGUGGAAUGGCACUUUAAGGCAUAAAAGACAAAUUCAAAUACUGUCUACAGGCCCAUUUCUGUUUGUCAACUGCAUUUUUAUUAGAAAAUCUGCAAAAAAGUAAAGUUAUUAUACUACUGCCAUCUGGAGAAGGAUUUCAUUUCAAAGAGUUGUAGAUAUUUUUGUAUAUCUAUUUAAUGGAUUAAAUACCUAGUUUUACUACA